GAUAUGCAGGACGCCAUGCUGCUGGGAACGGAGGGAGAGAAAACCAUUCUCCAUGGAGGCACCGGGGAAAUCCCCAAGUUCAUCACCGGGGCAAAGGUGACCUUUCACUUCCGCACCCAGCUGUGUGACGACGAACGCACCGUCAUAGACGACAGCAAGGCGGUGGGCACGCCGAUGGAGAUCGUGAUCGGCAACAUGUUCAAGCUGGACAUCUGGGAGACGCUGCUGGCCUCCAUGAGGAUCGGCGAGGUGGCCGAGUUCUGGGAUUGUUCCACUAUACACACCGGUGUUUAUCCACUUGUAUCCAAGAGCAUGCGUCGCAUCGCAGAGGGCAAAGACCCGGUUGAAUGGCAGAUCCAUACAUGCGGCAUGGCCAACAUGUUUGCCUACCACAGCCUGGGCUAUGACGACCUGGACGAGCUGAUGAAGGAACCCAAGCCUCUCUACUUUGUCCUGGAGCUGCUCAAGGUGCAGCAACCCAGCGAGUACAACAGGGAGACGUGGGCCCUGAGUGAUGAGGAGCGGCUGAAGGCCGUCCCAGUGCUGCACGGCCAGGGGAACAAAUUCUACAAACAGGGACGUUACAGAGAGGCUACUCUCAAGUACAAGGAGGCCAUCAUCUGCCUCAAGAAUGUCCAGACGAAGGAGAAAUCGUGGGACGUCCCGUGGAUGAAGCUGGAGAAGAUGGCCACCACGUUAAUUAAUUACUGCCAGUGUUUGCUCCGCAUGGAGGAGUACUACGAGGUCAUCGAGCACACCAGCGAUAUCAUCAAUCACCACCCAGGUCUUGUGGUGAAGGCCUUCUACCUGCGAGGAAAAGCCCACAUGGAAGUGUGGAACGAGGCGGAGGCCAGGCAGACUUCAGACAGGGUGCUGGACCUGGACCCCGGCAUGAAGAAAGCCGUCAAGAAGGAACUGCUGUGCUCAACAUGCGCAUGAGGAGAAGACCAAGAGGACAGGAGCAAGUACAAGGGCAUGUUUUAA